UGGAAAAUAACAAAUAUGGAGAAAGACAGUUGCAACAUUAUCCUCCAUCUCUUAGUCUGGAUCCUCAGCUCCUCCCCCAUGCGUGCGGGGCUUUAUUUGAUCAAAUCCUUCAACUUGGACCACUUAGGUUCAGCCGCACUUUUUUGCAACACUGCGUUUGCAACGCCACAACUUGCGCAGCAGUUCUUCGUCCACAGCCGAGCGACAAUUAACACCCCGGAGAGGCAGAGAGAGGAGCGGGUAAAAAAGGACUUCUUGCAUUCACGGCAUCCUUCUCUGCCGCCCGCAAUGGAGACGGGGGUCAUAUUUUGCCCUAAGUGGCACAGUGCGCUUUGGUUUUUCAUUUUGAUGAUGUUCUGUUUUUUUCACGCCUUCAAAGCUGAGAUAACUUGCAGGUCGUGCCAGCCUGGAAAUAAGUGGCAUGCACAGGAAUUACUGCUGAAAUUUGACAGAAGUGAAUUCUCGGCGGGGCUGAAAGGAGAAGUUUUUGGACACGGAGACGGAGAAGGGAGAGCCGGGGCUGCAAGUGCCGAAAGUCGGCGGCUCCGUUGUGCGGCUGGGCGCGAUGAUUGCGCUCCAGCUGGGGCGGGAGACACGGAAACAAGGCUGAAACGGAAUACAGGCAACCUGCGCGCCAAAGAUGAGACCGGCGAGAGCGAGUUUUCAAAGAUUAAAGUUUCAUACGUAGAAACGAGUGGUCAGCAGAGGAGCAGCGAUGGUGCCGGUUUUACCCGAUACAGAAAGCGCACAAGGAGGGAUAGUGCUGAUGAGAAAGUCAGACCCCCCGGUUCAGCUCAAAGUCAGGACCCGGGAGAGGGCACCGGCCAGGCGGCUCGGCGCAGAGUGACGCGCUCUGAAUUGCGCUGGAGCGGCGAGGAGCGGAGAGCCGGUGGUCAGAGGCAGGAGGAGCUAAAACUUAAUAGUUCGACAUUCGCCUUGACCGGGGAUUCAUCUCACAAUCAGGCUAUGGUGCACUGGUCCGGCCAGAACAGCAGUGUAAUUUUGAUGCUCACCAAGCUAUUUGACUUCAACCUCAACAGUGUGACUGAGAGUUCAUUAUGGAGGUCCACCGACUAUGGAGCAACGUACCAGAAGCUGAAUGACAAAGUGGGAGUAAAGACCAUACUCAGUUAUUUGUACGUGAGCCCUAACAACAAGAGAAAGAUCAUGCUGUUAACUGAUCCAGAGGUGGAGAGCAGUCUACUGAUCAGCUCCGAUGAAGGAGCAACCUACCAGAAGUACCGGCUGAACUUCUACAUCCUCAGCUUGCUCUUCCACCCGGAGCAGGAGGACUGGAUUCUGGCCUACAGCCACGACCAAAAGCUCUACAGCUCAGUGGAGUUUGGGAGGAGGUGGCAGCUGGUGCAUGAAAGAGUGGCUCCUAAUCGUUUCUACUGGUCGAAAAUGGGUUUGGACAAAGAGCCGGGCUUAAUUCACCUGGAAACCAGCAUCUCUGAAGGACAGGCACUGUAUGUCACCUGCAAGCUGCAGAACUGCACAGAUGCCAACAAGGGCAAACCAUUCCCCGGCUACAUUGACCCCAAUUCUCUGGUGGUGCAAGAUGAGUAUGUGUUUGUCCAGGUGUCAACCGCGGGAAGACCAAUCUACUAUGUGUCUGCUAAAAGAGACGUCUUUACCCCCAUGAAGCUGCCCAAGUACACCCUGCCCAAGGACCUGCAUGUGAUCAGUACGGAUGAAAACCGCGUGGUGGCAGCCGUGCAGGAGUGGAACCAGAAUGAAACCUACAACCUGUAUGUGUCAGACACAUUGGGGGUCUACUACACCCUGGCCCUGGAGAACGUGGUCAGCAGCAUGGGCCCCGAGGGCAACGUCAUGGUCGAUCUCUACGAGGUAGCGGGAAUAAAGGGGAUGUUCCUGGCCAACAAAAAGAUGGAUAACCAAGUGAAGACGCACAUCACCUACAACAGAGGCCGAGACUGGAGGCUGCUGCAGGCCCCGAGCAAAGACCUGAGGGGCAACAGCAUCCACUGUGUGCUGCCAUACUGUUCAUUACAUCUCCAUCUCCACGUGUCUGCAAAUCCCUACACAUCUGGAAACAUCGCCAGCAGGGACUCGGCGCCGGGGAUCAUUGUCGCGUCAGGCUCAAUUGGCUCAGAGCUGACCACCAGCAAUGUCAGUGUGUAUAUCACCUCCGAUGCCGGAAACACAUGGAGACAGAUCUUCGAUGAGGAGUAUGCAGUGCUCUAUCUCGACCAAGGAGGCGCCUUAGUUGCAAUAAGACACACUCCACUUCCUAUCCGACACCUGUGGUUGAGCUUUGAUGAAGGACGGCAGUGGAACAAGUACAGCUUCACGAACAUGCCCCUGUUCGUGGAUGGGGUGCUGGGAGAGCCUGGGGAAGAGACUCUCAUCAUGACGAUAUUCGGCCACGUCAGUCAUCGCUCAGAGUGGCAGCUGGUGAAAAUAGACUUCAGGUCCAUCUUCAACAGGAGGUGUACAGAGGCGGAUUAUCAGACAUGGCACCUCCACAACCAGGGUGAGCCGUGCCUCAUGGGAGUGAAAAGGAUCUACCGGAAACUGAAGCCCACGUCCAGGUGCGUUAUGGGGAAGACGUACUCUGUGUCAAUGACGUCCGGCCCCUGUGAAUGCACAGAGGCUGACUUUGAGUGUGAUUAUGGCUACGAGAGACGGACCGAUGGCAAGUGCACCCCUGCCUUUUGGUUCCAUCCAUCAUCGAUGUCCAGGAGUUGCAGCAUGGGGAUGACUUUCCUUAACAGCACUGGCUACAGGAAGGUGGUCUCUAAUAACUGUACAGCCGGAGUCAGCGUGGAGUACACAGCCAGGAGGCAGCAGUGUUCCAUCCAAGCACCCAAAGGUCUCCACCUGGUCACCAGUGAGGGCACGCUGACAGCCACAUUAGGCGCCAAUGUCACCUUCCUUGUUUUUCUGGAGGAGGGCGAUGGGGCGAGGACGAGCAUCACUCUGGACUUUGGAGACGGCCACGCUCUGACGUACUCCAAUGUGAGCUCCAUCGAGGACGGGAUUAAACACAUCUACAAAGCUGUGGGAAUCUACCGAGUGUCUGCCACCGGGGAGAACAACCUCGGCUCAGAGACCGCUAUGCUCUACCUGCAUGUCACAUGUCAGCUGGAGUAUAUCCAUCUCUCAGCUCCCUUUGUGGCGGUGAGGAAUAAGGAAGUGAACCUGACCGCCGUUCUGUGGCCCAGCCAAGUGGGAACGGUCACCUACAUCUGGUGGAUCGGAAAUAACACAGAGCCAGUAAUCACCCUAGAGGGAAGUGUAGCGUGCACGUUCUCCCGGGAAGGUAUCAAUACUGUCACUGUGCAGGUGUCUGCAGGGAAUACUAUUCUGCAGGACAGAAAAAACAUCGCUGUCCACGAAUAUUUCCGAUCUCAUCUGCUCGCCUUUUCAUCAAACCUCGACGACCACAACCCUGACGUCGCAGAAUGGAGGCUCGAUGUGAGCCGAGUCAUCAAGAACUCUCUGAUCCAGGCUACAGGCGUGAGAGAGGAUCAGCUUCUGGUCACCGUCCUCCCAGGUUUACCCACUGCAGCGGAGUUUUUCCUCCUACCUGACAAACAGCUAACGGAGGGGAAACCAGAGAAGAGCUCUGCUCAUUUAGAUCAGCUCUCUGAGGUUUUGCUCAGCGCCUUGAAUCAAAACCUUGUCCAGUUCACGCUGCGACCAGGGGUCCAAGUCACUGUGUAUGCAGCACACCUAUCAGCAGCGCCCCUAGUGGACACCAGCGAGAACCACAGUGGCUCUGCCAUGCUAAUGCUGCUAUCAGUAGUGGUUGUGGGUUUAGCCGUGUUUGUCAUCUACAAAUUCAAGAGGAAGAUCCCAGGCCUCAACGUCUAUGCGCAGAUGCAGAAUGAAAAAGAACAAGAAAUGAUGAGUCCAGCUAAUCCAACAGAGACCACGGCCAGCUCACAGCGGGACUUGGUGCAUUCUUUGGAGAUUCUGGACACAGAGUUUAACUCACGGCCCAUCGGAUGUAUGAAACCUCAUGUACAUGUGAAAUUCUCCACAGAACUCCCCACAUACAUCGUCUGAACUCCGGACUGGAUUACCACUCCAGCUGCGUCAUGGAUAUUUUUUUUUACCAUUUGGGAAACAAUGGUUUUGAGCUUUAUACCUGUGCAUGUUGGACCCUGCUGACACAUACUGUGCUCCGAUCAAACCAGAAGAAACUGUGUACAGGUUUUUCAUUUUCUUUUAACAUUAUGUCUGAUUCAUUUAACAUUUUAAGAAUUUCAUUUAUUUAUACGAGUCAGAUACAUAAUCCAGAGGGAAUGCCAGCAUGAACUAGCGAGGGGGAAAAAUGUAAUAAGCAACAAUGUUUUGAUUUUGCUUAUAUAUAUCUGAGAUUGGUUUGCUGUUCUAUGAAGCUAACAGCAGUAGUGUAUUAUUUAUUCAUACUUAUGAAGUAUGUUAUUGAAGUGGAUUACACAUUUAUUUUGUAAAUCAUGAAUGUCUAUGUUAGAAAUUUGUGUAUUUUAAUAACAAAUGUCAUACUAAACAUAAAUGCUGUUAUAAAAUAUGAAUAGGGUACUUCAAAGCUUUUGGUCUAUUGUCUCUUGGAAAGCUGAUUUAUGGCACAAUACACUUUUUUUACUGAAAUAUUUCUGGUUUUUUUUUUCUGAUCUCAUUUAAUUUAUUAACAAAAAUACAGGGUUUGGUUUUCUGGAUUCAUUUAAACCUUGCUGUUAAUCUAAUGCUUCUGGCACUAUUUAUGAUAACCUACAUACCAGUUUGUAAAAUGUUUUGUGCUUCAGAAUAACAGACCAUUUAAUGGUAAAAGGUGCUAAGCUGCACCUUCCAACUACAACUACAACCAGACAUGACACCUUUUGGGGAUAGAAGAAAAAAAAACGGGGAGGACUUUCCCACAAAGAAACGUAUUCGAUCGUUGUAGCCAGCCGCACCCAGAUCACAUCCCUCCUGAGGGCAGAGUACUAUUAACAAGGCAAAGAUUUAAGGUGGCAGUCGGAGUGAGAUGGAACUACUUUGCAAGAGGAUCCAAAGACCAUGGCAGUGAGAAAGAGAGACAGAGAAAGAGGCCAAGAGAGAUGGAAGAGGGCUUUUUUGGGGGAUGUGAUGCAUUAAGAGCAUUGUAUUGGACAGAAUAAGAAGAGGUUGACUUCUUGAAUACUUAAUGUGGCCAGUCAAGCUCGAGGCUGGCUAAGGUUGGUGACACAUUUAGGCUAAUGUCCUGACCCACUCCAGAGUAGCAGCCAUCUUCAUCCCAGCUCAUUAUAUCGCGCUGUAGGAGCAGGAGAACUAGAGCGCAGAUGCUACCAGGCUAUACGGAUGGUUAGCUUGUUCAAGGGACUGUCGAGCCCUCUGGUACUUUGUGUGCAACAUCUGACAGAUGUAAAUGCCUGAUAGAUGUCCUUCAAAUCUUCUGAGGCAACUUUCUCGGAUUUAUUUCUUUUUUCUUUUUACUCAGAGGAGAUGUGAAAAUUCAGAGAGAAUGUGGCUUUGUCAGUUUUGGAUGAUAUUCUCUACAAUUGUUCAGUCAGUAUAUACACCCACAGACAAAGAGUAGAGGAUGUAACUGUGGACCAUACAAAAGAGGAAUGAUUAUACAAUUGAAUCUGUAUCAGAGUGAGUUGGGGGGGGGGGGGGGGGGGGGGGGGCAGAAGGUGCAUUUGCCCCAAGUCCGCAGUUCUUUCAGUUACAAAGGGGCCCACCGUGGGCCCAAUCCAGUGUGUCACAUACAUAACAUAUUUUAAAGUUUGCUACAUAUAAAGUUCACAUCGUUAUAAAGUAAAAAUAAAAGACACAUGGUGAAGCAACUAAUGAAAACUACCAAAUCAGCAGCUGUAUCAGAGAGCAAGCUGCUGAUUUAAUGAACCGCCCGACGACCCCAGCAGGUCUCCACAAGCAGCUGCAUGCUGCGCCUGGCUAUAGACGCUAAAUGCUAAGAUACUGAUGGUAGAUCUUCUACUGUGAGCGUGCGCCAUCUCUCUGCUGUUCAGCUCGUUCAAGCUCAGUGUUUGAAAGACUUGGAGGAGCACAGUGGGACCAGAAAGGCUGAGUGGAUUGGUAGAUGGAAGAUUUCAGGAUGACAUUCAAACAGGCGUGAGCAACAAAUGACUGUGGUAACUCAUUUUACAGCAUCAACAACUAUCGUGUUGCCUAGCAACAUAUCAUUUUGCCAGUGUUUGCUGCUUGCAGCUACUGUGGAGUUUAUUUUUCACACAUUUUCUGCUGGUUUGCUCUGCUGUUAGUGGCAGGUAUUUUGAUUUAUGUAGUCUAAUAUUGCAACAUAAAGUCCCGCUGUGAUGUCCUGGUGUUUUCUAUUGUUUUAUCCCAUUUAUAGGAAUGAAGAUAGGAUAAAUAACAGGAAUACCUCUCUGUAUAAUGUAAUACAGCUCAACAGCGCCACACACCAACUUCCUCCAAAGUGAUCAUACAGUUGAGUCAACAACUCUAUAACAAUUUGAAUAAAGACUGAACUUUCUAUGGGAAGAUUUAUUGCAGGAUUUAAAACACACAUGGGAAAACUGACCAGUCUGAUCACAAAGCCACAAAGCACUUAGCUAUUAAAGCCUUUGCAGCAGAGCACUUUAUAUACAGUCUUAUUUAAUAAUCAAUUUAAGAAGCCCCCACCACAGCUUUGUGGCCUGUUUGUAUUGUUAUUGAUUUGACCCUUUUAGUCCCCCCCCCUAAAUUGGGCCCCUGCUGCUCUGAGUUGAUUUGGUUGCCGGUGCUGUGUACAGCUUGUCUCUCUGUCUCUCAUCUAAUCUGCAUCUCCAUACAGCCUAUAACAGGCUGUAGAAGGGCCCACUACAGGUCCACACACUGGCUGCUUUGCAUGGCAGUGCUUCUUUUGACCUGUGUGUCCAGCAAGGAAAAGUUUGAUUCAUCUUCAAUAAGACAUGAGUGAAUCAGUGAACUUUUCCCAAUAACUGUUAACUAUAACUAUUUCCUCUGAUGGAAAAAAAAAGCUUUGCUGUGGGACAUUGUGUGCAGAGAACAUCAUCACUCUGAAGUCUAGGAUUGCUUCUUAACAUAUACACAUUGGGAGAAAUGGGAGGGUUAGGAGGGUUUUUUUAAUUUUUCCCAGGAGCAAGCUAGUUUCAAUGACAGCUGAGCGCACGGUCGAGACAGGGAAUGUUACAUGUUUUCUUCCAGUGGGAGGAGGUGAAUAUGAUAAAAAUUGCUGCUGUUGAUGAAAGCUAGGAAAUAGGAUGGUGAUAUAUCCUGACUGUUUUCCACAGGCAGACACACAAAGAGCCUGAAGCUCGCAGGGAUCUUUUGUAGCGCAAAUUUACAUAUUGAGCUCCAGCUGGGCAGUUAUUUUACUGGCACUCUACAUCAGCUGUUCAUUUCCUGAGCAUAUUCCGCAAUGUGUUUCUUGCAUUGUUUUUUUUUUUAAUUCAAGUCCUGGUAGCCGGUUAUUGUUUUAUUGUAGAGAAUUGGGAAGCCAUCCAGCAUGGUGAUCAGCCUUUUCUAUUUGAACAACUAUGUGCUUCAGUUUCACAAAGGAAUCAGAACGAGCAUUCGUUGGUUGUCGCCAGGUUGUUGCUUCCCGCGCGUCAGAAUGUGCGUAGAUGAGCUGCAUGCCGAGAUGAUUUUGAUAACAAUUCAGCUUCCAUCUUCACGUCCAUCGUUAGCUGUUGUGUAUCACUCUGAGGUAGCAGGACAUAAUGUGCUCUCAGGUAUGAGGUGAUUUAUCGUAUCCCCAUCGCAUGGUAUGUAAGGGUGAUUAAACAUGCUGGUGGUUGGAUUUUUGUGAAUCAGCAACAUCAGUGAAAUGUCUCAGAAAUGUAGCAGUACAAUAACGAUUGGAUUCCCCAGCCUCGAGGAAAUUGAAGAAUUUCUUUUCAUGUUUUAAAAAAAGUUAAAGAUGUAAAGUUGUAUACUGAGAGGAGUUUAGUUCACGUUUCAGAGUCCCACAUCUCUGUGUCUGGCUUUGAGUUUAACAGCUUGAGGGAGACAUACAGUGCAGCAGCCUGUAUCCACAGACCUGUGGUGCAAAACAGCAGAGUGCUAACGCUAACCUUAACCCCAGGGGACAGGAAAUGACUCUUUCCCGACAAGAUCAGGAGUUCCAACAUAAUAAAAGCAUCUUCUGCCUUUGAGUUUCACAGGGAGACAGGUUUAACCGACAGGAAGUCCUGCAAAAAAAACAAACAAAAAAAAUCUCUUGCUUCCUGGUUAGGAUGAGCUGUGAUGUGACAGCACCCAAGGCUGUGUGGAACAGUAUCAAGCUGUAGACUAGAUUUGAGCUACACUCUCCUCCUCCUCUCUCCCCCUCUCUCUAUCUCCUCCUCCCCGCAGAAUUAGCAAGAUUAUUAUUUUUGUAGAGAAAUAUUAAUAAUAAUAAAAAAAAAGAGUUUUAUUACUGUACAGCUUUUGUAUGAGAACAGACGGUAAGGUGUUACAGUGUUUUUGUUUGACCUCAACUGUGCUGUGUGUAAUUGUUUUAUGCAUUUACAAUCAUAUUUAUUAAAUGGAAAGAAGUCUGUUAACUGUGUUCUCAUUUUCUUACAAUAUUUGUAAAGAAAUACUAUGUAUUUGCUGAAGUAAUAUUCAUCCUAUAAAGAAAAGAAAACAAGGA